UGCUUUUCCUUUGGGCCAAGCUUCCCCAGGAAGAGACAGGACCUUGAGUCAUUUCAGCCCAAGUGGUAAGAAGUUCCGAAGCAAGCCCCAGCUGGCCCGCUACCUGGGGAGCUCGAUGGACCUGAGCACUUUUGACUUCCGCACAGGAAAAAUGUUGAUGAAUAAAAUGAACAAGAACAGGCAGAGGAUGCGCUAUGACUGUUCCAACCAAGCCAAAGGCAAGCCUGAUUUGAACACAGCACUGCCUGUCAGACAGACAGCCUCCAUAUUCAAACAACCUGUCACAAAGAUCACAAACCAUCCCAGCAAUAAGGUGAAGAGUGAUCCUCAGAAAGCUGUGGACCAGCCCCGGCAGCUCUUCUGGGAGAAGAAAUUAAGUGGACUGAAUGCUUUUGACAUUGCAGAGGAGCUGGUGAAAACAAUGGACCUUCCAAAAGGUUUACAAGGGGUUGGACCUGGUUGCACUGAUGAAACCCUUCUCUCAGCUAUAGCUAGUGCUCUGCACACGAGCACGAUGCCCAUCACUGGGCAGCUGUCUGCGGCCGUCGAGAAGAAUCCUGGAGUUUGGCUAAACACCUCACAGCCCCUUUGCAAAGCAUUUAUGGUGACAGAUGAAGAUAUUAGGAAGCAAGAGGAACUGGUGCAGCAGGUGCGGAAGAGGCUGGAGGAAGCCCUGAUGGCCGACAUGCUCGCCCACGUAGAGGAAAUUGCAAGAGAUGGGGAAGCUCCUUCCGAGAAAGAAGGAGGUGAGGAAGAAGGAGAAGAGGAAGAGGAGGAGGAGGAGCAGGACCAUGACCAGGAGAUGGAGAAUGUAUAGUCCAGGGAGUUCCAUCUAAGAAUUCCCAGUAUAAACCCUAUCAGCAGGGUCAGCACAACUAUUUACAGAGCCAAGAGUGUCUGCCGAGUAAAUUGCAUCAACAAUCCAACUGUACCGAUGAGCGUUUUGACGUACGCUUCAGGAAACGCUGAGAAGCUGAUGGUUCAUGAAUUGCUGGGUAGUUUUGAAGAUGGAACUUGACUAAACUCUACUCCCCCUCCUUUUUCUAAAGGGGUAGGAUAAUUGGGAAUGCAAAAGUGGGAGGGAAUAAAGGAAUAUAAAAUGGUGGGAGGGAAAAUACUAGGAACCAAAUUUCCUGUCUUUUUUUUGUUGUUGUUGUUGUGGGUCAGUGAUGGGUGAUACAUUUUUAAGCUUUUCUAUCAAAGUACCUUUAACAUGACCCAUAGAAACAAUUUUCUCUCUAACACAAGUGAGAGAGAUGCUAUUUCACUCCUUGGCUACUCUGCUGUAGGCUACCUGUUUGUAUCAGACUGUAGGGAGGUCGUUUUAUGUUGUGAAUUGUCAUUCCAUGUGUCAAUUCGGGUCACUGAAUUUCCUUUUCCUCACAAGACCACAUUGGUCUUGGAAGUGUAGUCUCAGAGGUGAACUGCCAGUGCCUCUUCCACCUGAGGUUUUAAUUAGUAGGGGAAGCUACACUUGAGGAAUUGGUCUUACAUCCGAUGGCAGUCGGUUUUUUAGUUAGUUCCAGCACCACACUGAGUGCACUGCUGUGCACGUUUUUGAAGUGGAGUUACGUGUAUGUCGGAGCGUAGCUGAAUAGUUUCAAAGAUAAAUAUACCCACUCUGAGGUAUAUUUUCCUUUGGGUUAAGUCCUGUCAGAAGGACCUUCUCAACUUAGAAGGGAAGGAUGACUCAUUUCUGACUUGACAUGAGGAAAACUUCCUCCUUUCUCUUCUGGUGCCAAGAACCCCGACCUCUGUGUCUGUGUGUGUGGAGGGAAGGGGAUCCAUUCCAAUAGGUGUGUCUACACAUCUGCUUUUAUGUGCAGUAAUGUUCUGACCUCUUUUAAAACAAGAAUGGAAAAUGGUUGAUUUUUCUAUAAUUGAUACCUAAAAA